UAAACAGACGUUGUACUCAAAUGUGCAUUUUUAAAUAAAUAUGGCAAAAUUAGUUAUUUAAAUAUAAUAAACAUAAUAGACAACAACAGCUUAAAACUUGAGUAAACAUGGUAGUGUGGAGCUCAUUACGAAACAAGCUAUUUCAAAAUAAUUCAAAAAUCCUUCAAGAAUUAGCUAAACGAAAAGCUGGGGAUCACCAUGUCUUUCCUUUACAACCUUCAAGGUGGCAAUGGCAUAAAUUUAAAGAUUAUUUACAUCUUUAUGUUAUGUUGGGGGUGAUUCCUUUAAGUCUUAUAACGCUUUAUGCAAAUAUUUUUAUUGGCCCUGCAACUUUAAGCGAAAUUCCUUCCGGUUAUGUACCCUACCACUGGGAAUAUUACAGGAGUCCAGUUACUCGAUUCUUUGCUCGUUAUAUCUUUAACAAUCCCCAGCAAGAUUAUGAAAAAUAUUUACACUUACUGUUUGAAGAAGAUGAGAAAAGGAAACUUCGUCGAAUUGAUAAUAAAAUGAAAGAAAAAAUUAAAGAAAGAUUAGAUUACAAUGUGUACUACUACAGACCUGUGUUGGGUAAAUAUCACAGAUUGACAAGACAACUUGCAGAAGAAAAUAAACGAAUGCAAGGAGAUUAAUUUCCUUUCUCUUGUUAAAAAGUAGUAAUCAUUACAUACGUUUGUAUAAUAGAUAUGAGCUAGACAGAAAUUUUGUAAAUAAAAAUAUCUUUGAAAUCUA